UUCUAUAACAGCCACAUAUGUAAUGUAAUGCAUUUCCACAUAGCAACAACAACAAUCUCAUCCAAAUCAACAAACACUCAAUCAAUGGCGCAGUGCGUUACCAACACUUUCGUUCAAGGAGGAAAGCCUCUCCUUCCACUUCCCACAAAAACCACCGUUGGAAGAAGAGCUGAGAAUGUUACUGUGGGUGUGUGGUGCAGGAAGAAGGACAUACACCCGAAAUUCUACGACGACGCGAAAGUGAGCUGCAGCGGCGAGCUUGUGAUGACAACCGGUGGCACCCAGAAGGAGUACGUGGUGGAUGUGUGGUCAGGGAACCACCCUUUCUUCCUCGGAAACCGCUCAGCUUCCAUGAUCAGCGACGACCAGGUUGAGAAGUUCAAGAAGAAGUACGGUGAGCUUACGGAUAUCAUGGAGAUUCCGAAUCUCAAAGGAGAGAUUGUUAUACCUUCCAGGCGCAAGGGAAUUUCCAAAGCAGGCAAGAAAAAGUAGAGCCUGUGUUGUUUUUUUCCCUUUCUUUCAAUUUGCUUCUUCUUGCCUUUAAGGUGUUUGUAACUUUGUCUCUGUGAUUCAAUAUUUUCAAUGAGUGUUGUAUAACAUAAAAUGUUGCUUUUAAUUUCUGUUUAUAGGAAUUAAUCUUUGAUUA